AUGUCAAGGGCGAUGCUCAGAGGGUGCCUCCGUGUGCAGGGGACACACUGGCGGCCGUUUCCCAGCGCCUCGUGGGUGUGCUCCUCUGAGCUGCUGGCGGUGACGCCUUUACUCUGCUGGAGGCUGCAGGCAUUCUGGUCAGUCACCCUUGCUGGAGUCUGCCCAGUGGGGCUCUGGGUUCUUGGCCAAAGAUCAAGGCCAACGUCAGCUUUCUUCUCUCUCCAGAACUUUCUGCUGUGGCUGUUUUGUCCUGAGAAACCCACAGUUCCCGAAAGGCAGCCUGUGCAUGAGAGCCUACUCCAAGGAGGGUUUUGGCUGGUGGACCCGGGGUCCCUGGAGGGGCAGAUGAACAAUAACGUUGAGGAGUUAGCCUUCAGUUACAUCACUAUGUGCUGUGCCAAGUCCCUCCAUUCGUGUCCGACUCUUUGCAACCCUGUGGACUGCAGCCCCCCAGGCCCCUCUGUCCAGGGGAUUCUCCAGUCUCAUCCCGAGGAACCCAUUUCCACUGGCUUCAUCCACGUGGUGAUGUGUCUGGGGGACCCAGGAGUCUGUCUGCCUAUGACCUCUCCUGUGACUCAGAGUGAUGCUCAGCACCGUCCAACUGAACCUUGCUGCUCUUUCAGAGACAGACUGGCUGUGGGCCAGUCCUUUUUCUCUCAUUCGACACACUCGUGA